UUAAUUCUAAUUAUUUACCUGAAUUGCCACCGCGUACCGCUUCGUUUCUUUUUUUCGUUGACCGUGUGACCGCUUCGUAUCCUGCGCGGGAGUCGCGAGAUCCCCUUUCCCCUCCACUUUCUCUUCUUCCACCGAGAAGAUCGGCAGGCGAGGGGGCUGUGCGACGGCAUCGGCCUAGGCGAGCAGAGGGCGUCCGGUGCGCGGCAGCAGCGAACUCGGGGGCAUGCUGCGUGCGGCGGCGAGGUCCAUAGCCCAUUCCGACGGAGAUGGAUCCUGCAGAUGGUGAGGACUCCCUCUCGAAAGCAUUUCGAUACCGUGAUGAUGUGGUGAAUAAGCGAUCCCAAUCAGGAGGCAACCAUGGCGUCUCUGGCCUACAUGGCUCCGGCAGCUUCUCUGAUGGAUUUUGGGGCGACGGCGUCGGCGAAGAUGGACAUAUAGGCGAUCUUCAUGGCUCACCCGGCGUCCACGGCCACCAUGUCUCGCCUGCCCCCCAUGGCGCCGGCAGUUCUGGCGGAUCACCCGUCUUCCAUGGAGCCGGUGCCGGGCACCGCGACGCCACUGUGUUCCAAGCGGUGGCAGAUGUGUCUCCCCCUGGCAGAGGCCGUGGACGGCGUGGCGGGCAUGGUGGUGGACCUGGACGUGGUAAGAGAUCGGCCACACAACCUUCCGCACGUGGUGGCCGAGGAAACAAGGUGCCAUACAAGCCACCAAGGCCAUCCAGCAGUGCAACUGUUGUCGGCGACGCCGAGGGAGCAGCUGGUGUAGACAAUGACUUCACAGAAGAAACAAUGGACAGUGCGCCUCAUGGAAUGAAGGAGGAGCUUGAUAAAGCAGAUUGGUCUAGCACACACAAUAGGAUAUUUUGUGAACUAUGCGUACAACAAAUUGAAGACGGCAAUAGGCCUAUCGGGAUAAUGACUACUAGAUGGUACCAGAUCAUAGCCAAAAAGUACUUCCAAAAGACAGGGCUAAGACACAAUAAGACACAACUGAAGAACCGGUGGGAUGUGCUGAAAUCCAUGUACAGCUUUUGGCUUGGUCUCCUUAACGACACAGGGCUUGGAUGGGAUCAUGCAAAAGGAACAGUUGCUGCACCUGUUGAGUACUGGAAAAAAGUCACCAAGGGACAUUCUGAAUGGAAGAAGCUACAACAUGGACCACCAGAAUGUUUAGAAUUGCUGGAUGAAAUGUUUGGUACUAUUGCUGUUGAUGGUUCUUCUGCUUGUGCACCUGGAGAAAAUGCUGGAGGGGAUGAUGCAAGUGGUGAUGUACAGGACCUUGGCGACACACCAGUAGAUUGCUCAUUGGGUAAAAAACCAGUGAAGCGAGGGUCUUCCAGCACCGCCACUAGUCCAUACAAGAAGGUUAAGAACCCCAUGGUUAGGAUAAUGAGGAAUAUUCAAACCACUAUGGAUACCAAUUGUGAUAUUGCCAACAAGGUGAUGCAAGGUGAAUUUAGGUUCAAUUCCAUUAAGGAGGUGAUGGAUUUGGUGGUGGAUUGCGGGGCAGCAGAAGGAAGUGCGGAGCAUUUCAUGGCUACAAGAUUAUUUGUGAAAGCUGAACAUCGUGAUAUGUUCAAGACUCUUACCACCAAGGUGGGAAGGCUCUCUUGGUUGCAGAGAUGGUGCGAGAAGGAAGGGCAGCAGUAG